AUGUCACAUCAAAUGCCAGGAGCGUUUCCUUCAACUCCAAGAUCAAAUGCUAGGGCUUUUGAUCAAAAAACUCCAACAGCUGCUGAUUUCAAGUUCACACCUAUAUCAAGCAUGUCUGGAGUCAAAAAACCUUUAUAUCCAAAUAUCUCACAUCUUCAACAAGGCCAAGGUAAUGAGCUGGAAAAAGAAUUUCAAGAUUUGGGGUAUAGUAAUACAUUGAGUACUAAAGUGUUAUCUGAAUUAAACGAAAGAGCUGCGUCGAAAGCACCAACAUCAAAUACGGGGAAUAAUUUGCUAAGUCCAAGAAGUACUUGA